UUCUGCACUUCGCCUUAACCUCGCUGCCGCCGCUGCUGCCAUUCCGCGCCGCUCAAUAUCGUCGCCGUCGCCAACUCGUGCCGCCCGCCGUCUCCUUGAUAUGGACCUGUUCGACCCGCUUACUCCCCCAGCCGAAGCGCAUGGAUUUGCGCAAACAUCCGCCAAGCUCAAAACAGUUCGGUUCCGCCAUCCGGCCUACCCAGACCUGGUACCAUACCUUCUCAACCUGGGCGGUGUCGAUGGCGUCGACUUCGACCUCGCCCUAACCGCCUGCUGCAUCGUUGCAAACACGCCCUGGGAUGAUGGAUACCUGGCUACCAAGGAGCCCGGCGGGGGGCUGCUGGAAGCCGAUCGACCAUCAGACGGAUUGUUGCGCGGCACAUGCUACUUCUUUUGCAUUAAAGGAGAGCCGACAACAUAUCGAUACCCUGUCCUCCCUAGCUUCCAUCACUGGCGCUUUCCCCACGACAAUCUGCCGCCGUUGUGGCGACAGCUACACAUGCCAGGACGAUCCAGCGAGCACUCCACCAAAGGGCCGGCGGCGGUUAAGGAAAGGGACGUCACCUGUCGCUUGUCUGGCUACAUCGACGGCACCGAAGCGGCGCAUCUUGUGCCAGCGGGGGAGAAGAACUGGUUCAGCGCAAACGAUAUGUUAAGAUAUUGUCCUCCCAGCGCGUCGGCAAUAAACGACGAGAAGAACAUCCUGCUCCUCCGCAAAGACAUUCACUAUCUCUUCGACGCAAAGCGCUUCGUCUUCGUGCCCAAGCGGCCCGCCGCCCCCAAUCCUAUUACCCUCCCGACGACCUCUUUUCCGGUAGAGGCACACGCACACAUACACCCGACCCCCGACUUGGAUGCCCAGACCAAACUCGCGGCGUACGUGCUGCUGCCAGAGGUGUUUCCUGAGCUCGUUGGCCUAUAUCACAACCGAUUGCCGCAACCCCUUUGCGGCAUUGGCGUCGAGUUCUUGUUUGCUCGCUUUGCUUGGGCGCUUUUUUCCGAUACCCAUAUGCCGAUUUUCGGGUCUGAUUUUAAAAUCGCCGUGCUGUUGUUUGACAAAACGACGGGUGCGUUCGAAACACGGCAUAUGCGGGGGGUAGAUACCAAAGCACACACCCGGUUGUUCGACCGGCCACAAAGCAAAAGUGCCAGCCCAAGAAAAAGGUCUUUGUCGACUUACUCGGGCAGCUAUCGAGACGAAGACGAUUUUUGGGACGAGACGCGGGAGCCACCAAGAGGGCGGACAUUGAAGCGCUCCUGGGAUACGUGUUCGUCGCCAAGCCGCGACGCACCCGGACCGGGCUUGUCAAAGUGCUCAGUGGCACUUGCAAGCCACCCAAGUCCGACUACCACAGUCGAAGGCGGCAUUUCCCACAAUUUCUCGCCUCCCAGGAAGCGCAUGCAUUUGAUGGGAAAAGAGACAUGAGCCGUAGUCCUGUUUUUUUCGUAUCGCCGCCAAUAUGGGAUGAGCAGAACUGGCUGUCGGGCUCGGAAUAGGAACAGGACUAGGAUAGGAAUAAGAAUAAAAACAAAAAGAACAGGAAGAAGAACAGCGCCGCUCUCCGGCGACGGCCAACCA